GCGGCACCUCGGCCACGUCUGAAAGCGGCUCAUUGUCUCCGCAGGGAGCUCAAAUCCGCGGCGGUGCCGGGAGGCGGCGGGCAGCUUUUUUAAUUGCCUGGUGAGAAUGGCAAGGAUUCGGAUUUCUAGCACAAUCAUUACGCUUCUUGUUAUGGUCCAGACUGGAUUCCUACUCUUCAUGUAUGCUCGCUACAAUAGCUUCACUCCUCAUUCAGAAGAGAAAUCGUCUCGAGUCCACAUCCUCAUCCUCUCCUCCUGGAGGUCGGGAUCUUCUUUUGUCGGCCAGCUUUUCAGCCAGCACCCCAGUGUCUUCUACCUGAUGGAGCCUGCAUGGCAUGUAUGGGUUACAAUGUACCAGAACAGUGCCAAAGUCUUGCACAUGGCGGUGCGGGACCUGGUCAGGUCAGUCUUUCUCUGUGAUAUGUCUGUUUUUGAUGCCUAUAUGCCUUGGAAAAGAAACUUAUCUGACCUUUUCCAGUGGGCAGUGAGUCGGGCUCUGUGUUCAGCUCCCGCUUGUGACUCCUUUCAGCGUACUGACAUAACCAGUGAAAUGGCAUGCAAAACUCUUUGUGGACGGUACCCAUUCAGCAAGGUGGAAGAAGCCUGUAAAACUUACAGCCACGUUGUCAUCAAGGAGGUUCGCUUCUUUGACCUGAAGGUCCUCUACCCACUUCUCACCGAUCCAUCCCUGAAUCUCAAAAUAAUCCACUUGGUCCGUGAUCCCAGGGCGGUUGUAAAGUCACGAGAACAAUCAGUCAAAGCAUUAGCCCGUGACAAUGGAAUUGUUCUGAGUACCAAUGGCACUAAAGUGGAAGACAGCAAAUAUAAAGUAAUGCAAGAGAUUUGUAGAAGUCAUGUUCAGAUUUAUGAAACAGCAACUCUAAAACCACCUAGCUUCCUUAAAGAUCGCUAUCUAAUGAUUCGUUUUGAAGAUCUGGUAAGAGACCCAUUGUCAGAAAUUUCAGAAAUGUAUAAAUUUGCAGAUCUUAGUUUGACCCCCACACUUAAAAGCUGGGUCUAUAACAUCACACAUGGACAGGGAUCAGGAAAAAAAAAAGAAGCCUUCAAAAUCACAUCUCGAGAUGCAGUUAAUGUUUCCCAGGCCUGGAGAAAUGUUCUUUCAUUCCAGAAAAUUAAAAAAAUACAGGACGUUUGCAAAGGCGCUAUAAACAUGCUGGGCUAUCAGCUAGUGGAUUCAGAAAAAGAACAAAGAGAUCUGUCACUGGAUUUAGUGUUGCCAAGAAGACAAAAUCAAUUCAGUUGGUCAUCGUUCAACCCAAAGAACUAAGCCAUUACUUUGAGAGAUUAGGGAGGGGAAAAAGGGAGAGUGUAUCUAUCUGUUUUGCAGUGUAUAGGUAGUUUGAAAAUCCUUGGCUAAUGACUUUAAUUAUUUUCCUGCCUGCUGGUUCACAAAAUAAAGCUUUUUUUUUUCCCCCCCAAACUUCUUACACCACAAAACAAAUAAACAAAAAAAAAUUGUGAAAAAUUCAGCAAGAUACUUGUGAGAUUGUAAAUUUGCAACUGUUUGUGCUGUUUUGAGUGUUGUUUUUAAAAUAUAAAUUCUUUCGAUAAAAGA